UUUUUCAUUUGCUGCUUGCUCUUCUUUUUCGGCCGGCACCCUAUAUUCUCGGUACUUUCUAUUCUCGCCGUCGAUCUUCUUCAGCCGUCACGGACUUCAGAUCAGGACCCUCGGGUGCCUGGGAAGUGCUCAAUUUAUUUUUUUUUUCUUGGUUUUGUUGUUUGCUGUUGUUGAAUUACGGCUAUUGUCUUUGAAUUGGGUUCUCUGCAAUUGAGGAUGGGAUUUAGGGCUUGUGGUGGUGGUGGUGGGUGAUUGGAGAAGGUUUUUGGGUAUGUGGGUGGCUCUGUUCUGGAUCCAUGGAUGUGUUGGUGUACUAUUUCUUGAUUUAUGGGGCCGUACAUGUGUUGAUUAGGGAAAGUUUGUGGUUUCAGGAAUCUGAGUUACGGAUUUUCAAGAGUUGAGAGAAUUUGAUCUGCGUGUGGAGAAUUGCUUUUGUAUUUGGUGUUUGUGUUUGUGAUUGUGUUCAAGUUCGUGUUUGGUAGAAUUUGGAAUCUGGGGAUUGUGAUUUCAUUUUCCGGGUUGUUGAUCAAUGGAGCACAAAUUCGGAGGUAAAGCCAGCCAUUUGCGUGGUCCAACGGUGUCUGAUUUGAAGAAACUUGGGAAAAGGACUAUGGAAUGGGAUUUAAAUGGCUGGAAAUGGGAUGGAGAUCUUUUCAGGGCUACUCAGCUGAACUCUGUGCCAUCAGAUUGUGGGAGUAAGCAAUUCUUUCCACCUGCGUCUGAACCAGUUACUGUGGGUUUAUCAAUCAGUUCAUCAUCGUCAGAUGAAAUAAUUGUAGAUGAUGGGAAAGGGAAGAGGGAACUGGAGAAAAAGCGGAGAGUUGUGGUUAUUGAAGACGAAGCGUGCGAUGAGCUCGGCUCCCUUAAUUUGAAGCUUGGUGCUCAAGUUUACCCUAUCAUGGAAGGGGAGGUAAAGAGUGGGAAGAAGACUAAGCUCAUUGGGGCUACCCCAAAUCGUGCAGUCUGCCAAGUGGAGGAUUGCAGAGCUGAUUUGGGCAAUGCCAAGGAUUAUCAUAGACGACAUAAAGUUUGUGAUAUGCAUUCCAAGGCUAGUAAAGCUCUGGUCGGAAAUGUUAUGCAGCGGUUCUGUCAGCAGUGUAGCAGGUUUCACCUUCUUCAAGAGUUUGAUGAAGGAAAAAGAAGUUGUCGAAGGCGUUUGGCAGGUCAUAACAGACGGAGGAGGAAAACACAUCCUGAUACCGUAGUUAAUGGAGGUUCCCUGAAUGAUGAACGAGGAAUUCGUUAUCUACUGAUGAGCGUGCUGAGAAUACUCUCCAAUAUGCAUGCAAAUAGCUCAGAUCAAACAAAGGAUCAGGAUCUCCUAUCUCAUAUAUUAAAGAACCUUGCCAGUUCUGGUGGUACAAUAAAUGAAAGGGACAUUCCAGGGUUAUUGCAGGGAUCUCAAGAUUUACUGAAUGCUGGAACCUCUGUUGGAACUGCAGAAAAGGUGCCAGAUAUGGUUUCAAAUGGUCUUGUACCCAAUAAACUUUUGGGAUCAGCCUCUAGGAUGGCUGAUGGCUGUGAUCUUCAGGCCUCUUGUAGGCCUAUUGGGCCAUGCUUGAUGGCAACUGUACCUGAAAUGGCAGAGAAAAGAGUAUUUACUGAUGAUGCUCAGGUUGGAAUGCUACAAAACUUGUCUGGUACCCAACCCACAAAUAGAUUUCCAACAGGAGAUGGUGUUCCAGCCAUGGAAAAUAUGCAAGGAACCACACAUGGGAGGAUCAAGUUAAAUAACUUCGACUUAAAUAAUGUCUAUAAUGAUUCUCAAGAUUGCAUAGAAAACCCAGAGAGGUCUUAUGGUCCUGCAAAUCCAGGGACCAGGCCUCUUGAUCGUGCUCUUUUGGUACAACAAGACUCUUACAAGUCAAGCCCACCUCAGACAAGUGCAAAUUCAGAUUCAACUUCUGCCCGGUCUCUGUCUACUUCUAGUGGAGAAGCUCAGAGUCGCACAGAUCGAAUUGUCUUUAAACUCUUUGGAAAAGAUCCCAGUGAUUUUCCUCUUGUUAUGAGAAAGCAGAUCCUCGACUGGUUAUCCCACACUCCUACAGAAAUUGAGAGCUUCAUCAGACCUGGCUGUAUCAUAUUGACAAUAUACCUUCGCCUUGGAAAAUCCACAUGGGAGGAGCUCUGCUGUGAUCUAGGCUCCAGUUUGAGUAGGCUUUUGGAUAUGUCUGAGGACUCUUUUUGGAGAACUGGUUGGGUAUAUACUAGAGUGCAGAAUCGUUUAGCAUUUAUCUAUAGUGGUCAGGUUGUCCUAGACACCCCCUUACCAUUUAAAAGCCAUAAUUGCAGGAUCUCAAGCAUCAAACCAAUUGCAGUUCCUGUCUCUGAACAAGCUCAAUUUGUAGUUAAGGGCUUUAACCUUGCUGGAUCUGCCACAAGGUUACUCUGUGCACUUGAGGGAAGGUAUUUGGUCCAAGAAACUUGUUAUGAGUUGACAGAGGGUACAGAUACAUUCAUUGAGCAUGAUGAUCUCCAGUGCCUCAGCUUUCCUUGCUCUGUACCAAAUAUUAGUGGGAGAGGAUUCAUUGAGGUGGAAGAUCAUGGUCUCAACAGCAGCUUCUUUCCAUUUAUAGUUGCAGAGCAGGAUGUAUGUUCUGAGAUUUGUAUGCUGGAGGGUGUGAUAGAUAUGGUUGAGACUGCUGAAGACAUCCUCAGAGAAACAGGAAAAAUGCAAGCCAAGUAUCAAGCCCUGGACUUUAUACAUGAAAUGGGUUGGCUGCUUCAUAGAAACUAUUUGAAGUUUAGAUUGGGUGACAUGGAUCCCAAUCUGGACCUCUUUCCUUUCAAAAGGUUUAAGUGCCUCAUGGAGUUUUCAGUGGACCAUGAUUGGUGUGCUGUUGUGAAGAAACUCUUGGGUAUUGUGUUCAGUGGGACAGUAAAUGCCGGGGAGCAUCCUUCCAUUGAAAUUGCAUUGUUGGACAUGUGCCUCCUUCAUAGCGCUGUUCGGAGAAACUGCAGACCUAUGGUGGAACUCCUCUUGAGAUUCAUCCCAGAUAAAAUCUUGGAUAAAUCAGGUUCCAAUGACAAGCGAUGGCCCAACAGUGGCUCCUACUACUUGUUUAAGCCAGAUUUCGUUGGUCCAGCAGGUUUGACUCCCCUUCACAUAGCAGCCAGUAUGGAUGGCUCCGAGAAUGUGUUGGAUGCAUUAACCGAUGAUCCUGAAUUGGUGGGAAUUGAAGCUUGGAAGAGUGCUAGAGACAAAGUUGGUUCGACUCCCAAUGACUACGCAUGCUUGCGAGGUCACAACUCCUACAUCCAAUUGGUCCAGAAGAAAAUCAACAAUAAGUUAGACAGACGUGUGGUGCUUGAUAUCCCUGAUGCCCCCUUAGACUGCAACACCAAGCCGAAGCCGUCUGAUGGGCUCAAAUCGGUGAGGGUUCCCAGUUUGCAGAUUGAGAAACAAGCAGCACGCCAACAUUGCAAGCUAUGCGAACAGAAGCUGGCUUAUGGCGACACUAGAAUGAGAACGUCAUUGGCAUACAGGCCAGCAAUGCUCUCAAUGGUGGCUAUAGCUGCUGUCUGCGUAUGUGUGGCUCUGCUCUUCAAAAGCUCGCCAGAAGUGCUUUACGCGUUCAGGCCCUUCAGAUGGGAACUACUGAAGUAUGGAUCCAGCUAAAAAUUAGGUAGUUUUAUUAUCUUCGUACUGCAGGCCAAAUAUGUUUUUUUUUUCUUCCUUCUCUGCAGGAAGAAUGUAGAAAUAUUGAUGAUCCAUGUGUAGAUUUUAGCCAAAAAACACUCUAUUAUCUAUUUAUUCUAAAUCAAUUUUAAUUUCAUAAAUGAAA